ACCUGCUCUCUCCCUUCGGCAACAUCAAUCCCAAUCACAAAUCUUCCUCUGCAACAGCAAUCUAUCAUGGCCCCAUACCCAACCAGAAGCGAAAUUGAAAAGUUUGCUUCGUCACUCGAAACGUCCGAUCAAAGCCCCUUCUUCGACCGGGUGUCGCCCAACGUUGUCUGGAUGUGAUGGGCACUCAUCCGGCAGCUGGCCACUUCACAAGUCUUCAGGAUUGGAAGGACAACGCCCUGGGCGUGGCCAAUGGCUUCUUGUCUGAGCCAUUGAAACUCACCUUGGUGAACGUUGUGGGCGGGGGCGAGCAGGAGUGGGCUUUCAUCGAGCUCAAGGCAGAUGCCACGUGCAAGAAUGGCAUGGCAUACCCGCAGAGAUAUGCCUGGGCACUGAAGUUCGACAAGAAAGGAAUCGUUGUACAGGCCACAGCAUAUCUCGAUUCCGCCCUCGUGCAAAAGUGCUACGACGCGAACUCGUGAACUUACACCACCGACCCGACAACCCAUAGCUUUGUCUCGUCAACGGCGUCGACUGCCGGUUCGCACCGUCGCAAGAUUCUCCAGCGCUC